CAGUCUUCCCUGUUUGCAGCAAUGAGGCAAGGGGCCGGCACUCCCUCGGGGCUCAGUUUCUGGAGCCCUGGAGAACCCGCCCCUCUCUCGCCCUGGGAGAAGGAAGGCCUGUGGUUGUCGGGCUAUCUUGGACUUCCUCGCCCGAAGCAUCAAGCCUGAGCAGGGCUGAGAGGAAGCUGGGCGGAAGUUCGAAUCCCCACCUCGGCAGCUGCGCCUGGCCCACCUGACCUCGCACUCCGUACACCGCAAGGCUCCCUUCUUCCUCCGAGAAGGUCGCCCUGCUUAGGCUGAGGACGCGGCACCCCAGGCUUGGAGCGGGCCGUUCGGGCGGCAGCCGCUGGGCUUUUAGUGUCGGGUGAGGGUGGCUCCGAGACGUAGGUUAGUCCCCCAUGCCUCCUUUGACACCUCAAUGCCCGACACCGGCGCCGAAGGUGUGUAUGCCUCCCAGGGCUGGCUCCCGGGGUCCCACGACCUCGCCAACCUCAGUCUGUAGAGUAAACGGGUAGAGGCAGCGGGAUCCGGCCCUCGGAGCCCGGAGAGAGCUCUCCUCCCCCGCUGCGGGUCACUAGCGCGCCGCGCCCGUCAGGACGGUGACCUCUCCACCCCUUUGAAUGCCCCGCCCCAUGUCCAGUUGGUCCCCACCCCACCUCUCCAUCCGCACACCCGCAGACUUGGGCUGGAGCCACCCUUGUCUGUAGCCUGGUUCCUGUGCACAUCUGAGUUGCCGCCGCCGCUCACCAUAGCACCUGUAGGCAGUGUGGGCCCCCAACUGUCUUGAGGACUCUGGGCCACGGAGGGCCAUGAUUAUUCCGGCUGGAACCCCCGAGACCAGCUUGCUGCGGGUUUUGUUCCUGGGACUGAGUACCCUCGCUUCCUUCUCACUGGCUCAGCUGGAGCUGCAUGUGCCCGCCGGCCUCAACAAAUUGGAGGCAGUAGAGGGCGAGGAAGUGGUGCUCCCCGCCUGGUACACGAUGACAAGGGAGGAGUCUUCAUCCCAGCCCUGGGAGGUGCCCGUCCUGAUUUGGUUCUUGGAACAAGAAGGGAAGGAACUAAACCAGGUGCUGUCCUAUAUCAAUGGGGUUUUGUCAAAAAACCCUCGACUAUCCCUUGUCCACUCUAUCUCCACACGGAACGUGUCUCUGAGGCUGGAGGCUGUUCAGGAGGAAGACUCUGGAACCUACCGCUGCUCUGUCAAUGUACAGGACAGUGAAAGCACAGGCCUGGUGCACAGCAGCAAAAGCAUAGAACUCAAAGUGCUGGUCCCUCCAGCUCCUCCAUCCUGCAGUUUCCAGGGUGUACCCUAUGUGGGAACCAAUGUGACCCUGAACUGCAAGUCCCCAAGGAGUAAACCUACUGCGCAAUACCAAUGGGAGAAGCUGGCCCCAUCCCCCCAGGUCUUCUUUGGACCAGCCUUAGAUGCUGUCCGUGGAUCCUUAAAGCUCACCAACCUUUCCACUUCCAUGUCUGGAGUCUAUGUCUGCAAGGCUCAAAACAGAGUGGGCUUUAGCCGGUGCAACGUGACCCUGGAAGUGAUGACAGGGUCUAAGGCUGCUGUGGUUACUGGAGCAGUUGUGGGUACUCUGCUUGGGUUGGUGCUGCUGGCUGGACUGGUCUUGUUAUACCAACGCCGGAGCAAGACCCUGGAGGAGCUGGCCAAUGAUAUCAAGGAAGAUGCCGUUGCUCCCCGGACUUUGCCUUGGACCAAAGGCUCAGACACAAUCUCCAAAAAUGGGACACUUUCCUCUGUCACCUCAGCACGGGCUCUCCGGCCACCCAAGGCUGCUCCUCCAAGACCUGGCACAUUUACUCCCACACCCAGUGUCUCUAGCCAAGCCCUGUCCUCACCAAGACUGCCCAGGACAGAUGGGCCCCCACCUCAGGCUGUAUCUCUGAGCCCAGGUGGGGUUUCUUCUUCUGCUCUGAGCCGUAUGGGCGCUGUGCCUGUGAUGGUGCCUGCUCAGAGUCAGGCUGGGUCUCUUGUGUGAUGGCCCAGGCACUCAUGGACUAAAUCUGGUAUCUCACCUUCCUGUAAAGGUCACCUGUGGUACAGAGGAAUGAAUCUUGGGGGGAUAGCCACACUGUAGACCUCCAGUCCUCUGCCCCUACCUCCUUUUAUUGUUGGAAAACUGGGCCUCAGUAGAUUAAAGUCUGGGUCGAAGGAGAAACAAAGGAAAUGGACCCGAGAACCAGGGGUAGGGUGGGGGGGUGAGAGAUGGGGGGUGUUGUCCACAGGGGAGGGGUGCUCCACCUCUUCCCUGCUUCUCUCUAUGAAGCCAGAUGAAUACUGCUGAGAUUGGCUACCCUCCAAGGCCUUUGGAGGAGACUGCCAGUUAGUGAAGCCCCUGGCUCUGUGAUCUGUACAAACACCCUAUCUAAUGCUGUCCUUUGCUACCCACUCUAGCUCCCUGUAUUAAUAUAACCUGUCCUGCUGGCUUGGCUGGGUUUUGUUGGAGCGGGGGAUAAGGAAGACCUUUUUUAAAAAAACUAAAUUGAGAUGGGUGUUUUUGUUUUUAUUUUGCAAAUUUCAAUAAAGAUACUUUGCAUUUUCAUGAAC